AUGCAUCUCGCAAGAAGAGCUCUUAACGGUCGGUGCCGGAUGCGUGGUUGGCGGGGUCAUGCCGUCAGCACCUCGCCACUCUUCCGUGCUUCGGCGCAGUUGCAGCGACAGAGGCGACGGCACCUGCACGAGGUUUUCUCGAAUUCCCACAAAGAAAGCCACCUCGGCAAACUGGAUGAGCUGGGUCGGGACAGGUAUGCGAAUGCGAGCUUGGAGAAAGCUGGGGCGCCAGGAGUGAUGAAAAGCUUGUCCUGGUGCAAAUCUUUGCUGUUGCAGCGGGAGGAUUUGGAUCAAGACGAUGAAGUUCGUUUGCUAGACAUUGGCAGCUGCAACAACGCUCUGGAGUCGGAGCUAACCACCACGGAACGGCAUCAGUUGCGGAUCACAGCCGUGGACGUGUGCCCACGGCAUGACUCCGUGUGGCAGUGCGACUUCCUGCAGCUGCAGGUGCUUCCCCGGCACAAGCGUGCUAUCCGAGAAGGACGGCAGCUUGUGGGACUCCCUGCAGAAAGCUUUCAUGCCUGCCUCCUCUCGAUGGUGUUGCAUCACUGGCCACAAGAAGUCCAACGUCAGGCAUUGGAUACCGUCCACCGGCUGCUUGUCCGUGAGGGCCAGCUGCUAGUGGUUGAGAAUCGAGCCUGGGAUUCCACAGCCUGCUUGUCGCAUGCCGGCUUUGCCCUGGAGCAGCAGCGGCGAUUUGGCGGAUGCUCGCUUCGGGGUUUAGCGCUUCGUGCAAGUGAGCCGGCUGAACGGGCUGCCUUUGUGGCACGGCGGCGAGCAAAAUGCGUGCCUUGCAACAUGCUUGGCUGCCUGGCUCAAUUCCAGCUAAGUACCCAAGCAGGCGCCGAAUGGCAUUCCCCGCUUAUCCGCGCCCACAGCCAUUCGCAAACACGAAGGUGUCCUUUUCUCUUCGAUCUGUGCAGCAGUGCAGGACAGACCAGGCCCUGGUGA